CAGCACGUCUUGACUCUCUAAACCUCCCUGUCUAAACCCAGACUGACAUCCAAGAUGUGUCGUCUCUCAUUCGUUCUACUCGUGUCAGCCUUAGUAGCUGGGGCCUUAGGCGCCACGUGCCAGAGGCGUGUCUGUUACCACACCAACUGGUCCCAGUACCGAACACAGCCUGCCCAAUUCCUGCCCAGUAACAUCAACGCUUCUCUCUGCACGCACAUCAUAUACGCCUUCGCCAAGUUGAGCAACAACCAGUUAGCGCCCUUUGAGUGGAACGAUGACGAUACUGCGACCAGCAAGGGGAUGUACUCCAAGUUCAACGACCUGAAGCUGACCAACCCACAGCUGAAGACCCUCCUGGCCGUGGGGGGCUACAACCUGGGCACCGCACCCUUCAGCCAGAUGGCGGCCACGCCCACCACACGCGCGCGCUUCAUCCAGACCGCCAUUAAAUUCUUGCGUGACCGGAAGUUUGAUGGCCUUGACCUAGACUGGGAGUACCCGGCGCUCCGGGGGAGCCCGGCAGGUGACGCUCACCUCUUCACCUUGUUGGUGCAGGAGACAGUCGAUGCCUUUGACCUGGAGCAGAAGACCAGCGGAAAACCCAAACUUCUGCUGUCUGCUGCUGUAGCCGCUGGCAAGGAGACAGUCGAUGUGGCAUACGAGAUCAGCGCCAUUGCCAGCAAGCUGGACUUCAUCAACCUAAUGAGCUACGACUUCCACGGUAGCUGGGACCCCGUGACUGGCCACAACAGUCCACUCUACGCUGGUCUGCUGGAAACUGGUGCCAUCAGGAACUACAACGUCGACUUUGCGGCCAAGUACUGGGUGUCUAAAGGCGCCCUCAAGUCUAAGAUCAACAUUGGUCUGCCGACGUACGGGAGGUCAUUCACACUUUCCAGCGUCAGCAAAAACAACACCGGGGACCCUGCCGCAGGCGCAGGUCCUGCCGGCAGGUUCACACAGGAGCCCGGCUCCUUGUCUUAUUACGAGAUCUGCGAGAUGAUCUCCCAGGGUGCGACAGUAAGACGCAGCAUGGACCAGCAGGUGCCCUACCUCGUCAAGGGCAGCGUCUGGGUGGGGUACGACGACCCAGUGAGCUUAAGAAACAAGGUGAAGUACAUCAAAGACAACGGCUACGGCGGGAGCAUGCUGUGGACCCUGGACCAAGACGAUUUCACCGGUACAUUUUGUGGGCAGGGAAAAUUUCCCUUGACCACAGCCGUCAGCCAGGAGUGUCUGGAUGUCACCUCAGGGUGAAUGCAGGUGCCCCUGAUGAACCAGGACAAAAGGAACAAGUUUGAACAACAUAAAGACAGAAUAAAAUUCUAUUCGUUUGUGA